GGGUCAUUCAGAACGGAUGCUUUAGAACUUGCAAAUGGAAACAGAAGCCCUGCGUUUAAUACGGCAUGUUUAGUGUCAGCAAACUGUAAUAGGAAACUACUAUAAGCCUGCUGGCUACAUCUAAAUUCUGUUGAAAACUGAAGUGAUGGAGAUCAGUUUUAGUGGAUUACUGGUGCUGUGUGCAUGUGUUCUACUAUCAUGGCCUCUGGGUUUCCAGUCUGCUGAUGCCAUUGAUAAUGGAGGUGUUCCUAGUAAUGAGCUCUGCAAUACCUUUGCUAUCGUGGGGGAGCCAAAAAACAUUACAUGCCCACUACUUUUCAGCUCAUCUGAUACUACUUGUGAAGGUGAUAGAGUCAGGUGGCGUGUUUACUCGAACGAUCUGUUGGAAUUGGAAUUGUACUAUGGUUCUACAAACCCUGUUAGUGGAACUGACCAGAUGUCGCUUAGUCAAUUAUAUGUAUCUCAGUCUGAUGCGUUAAUUAUUCAAAGUGCAGACGAACUAUUUCAUGCUAACAUUAGCUGUGCCAUUGUCAGUACCUCAAACUCAAGUCGCCCUGAUGGAAGCUUGGAUAAGUGCAGUGAAUUAUUCAUUCAACUAGUGUUUACAAGAUUACAGCCGUCAAGUCCCGAUGAUAUUCAAGCACUUGAGAAUGCACAUGAAUUCCAACAACCCCACAUUGGUACCACACUCGUUGUCUGCUUCCGAGGACGAUUGUCCAUUAAUAAUAUCAACGAAGAGGUUGACAUUGAAUGGAGUAUGAGCCGCAACCUCAACAUUUCACACAUACCACUCGAUCCUAGAGAACUUAGCAUUGAGUCCAUGACAAUUUGCAACUCCAACGGAAAUGAUCCUGGAUUUUACUUUAACUGUGAUUGCCUCACAAAAGAAUCAGAUUUUCCAUCAUUUGUGACAGUGCGUAAUGCAAGUGCUGUGUCUGCUUUUUCAAGGUACAGAGCUUAUGAGGUACUUUUUUAUGAUGUCAGUAGGUCAGGAGAUUUUCUGAAAAAAGAGGAGUGUUUCCCUAUUCCGAAUACUUACUUGUCUAUUUUAGUCGUGGAUAAUGUCACUCUAGACGAUGAAAUUGAAUUGAAAUUAAGUGUCAGUUUUACACGUGUUAGGAGAGAACUGGUCAAGUAUGUGGAUAUCAAACCCGAGUACCUUACCGUGGAACCAGAAAUUGCUCCAAUUAAAAACGCACUAUAUUCCAUCAACGAACAUACUAAUCUGUUGUUUGAGUGUGAAGGUACUAUCAGAGGUGAUGCUACUUUGGUCUGGAGAAAAGUGACCAAAGGCUUGCCAAACAUAACUCAUACUUUAUACCAGCCAAAAAUAAACACUGGAUUCAAUUUGACUGCAACACAGAUUUGUGAAGUGUAUAGUAUCAGAGUGCCCACAGUGUUCGCUGUUUUGCGAGAUAGACGUUUCAAAAUCAGUGACAGUCCUAAUGCAAACGGAGCAGCAUUGGAGUUAUACCAGAAAAUAGCUCUUGUCAUCUGUAACUCCGUGUCAAAUCAAUCUGGCACAUACCAAUGUCUGUCUUCAGAUUCCAAUUCAUCUAUUCAGCCUGUAGUAUUGCAAGUCAAUCGACCAACGUUUGAUUCUGUUAUUAUUAUUGUUGUGUGUGUACUACUGGCAUUCUUGGUGGCUACCACAGUGAUACUUCUAAUGAGAAUUUGUUUUAAGUACCAUUCAAUAAAGAAUAGCCCUUUGCAAAUGUGGCCGGAAGAACCAAACAGUCCAUUAGUGCAGAGACCUAUCAGUCCAUUACCUAUGAACACCCAGUUAGCCUCGUCCCAAGUCGAAGAUCAGUACGAGUUUCCCCGGGAAAAGCUGCAACUUGGGUCCAUUCUAGGUGAGGGUCAGUUUGGUGUGGUCCAUCAAGCGCUUGCUGAAGGGAUUUGCUUGCUCGACUCGGGUAGAAAAGUGGUAGCCGUGAAGACAUUGAAACGCAAUGCGAGGCCAUCAGACAUAAUGGAUUUGCAUUCCGAACUGGAUACGAUGAGAAAAAUGGAGCCUCAUCCGAACAUCAUCAACUUUCUCGGAGUGUGUUCAAAACCUGAUAACCUGCCACUAUACAUUUUGAUGGAGUUUGCCAUGUUUGGCAGCCUAAAAGAGUAUCUACAGUCCGUCCGCACAGUGAAGGCUCCACAACCCCCACCCCUUGAGCCCACCUAUUCCCACCAAUUGUGUCCAUAUCAUUAUCAGGAGGUCCUAAAGUACUCCAAAAACCACCACUACAGGAAUGAGCAAGAAAAUCCAGAUUUGUCACUUUUUGAAGAGAGUGCUCCUAACAAAGCAGAAACCGUACGGAAUAACCUUCUCAGCUCUCAUGACACCCCCUUGAGUACAAGCCCCGUUCACUCUGGCUCCGAUAUUGAACCGGCGGUGUUGGCUCACAUCACCCGGGUCAUGAAACUGCUCAGCAGUGACUACUAUUAUUCUAGCUGCAACAUACCAGCCAUCGAGAUUGCGAGUCCUUCACCGGAGCCUGACAGCACAGCACACCCCAUCCAACCAAGCAGUGCCUCCCCCCUCUCUAGUGGAGGUUCCAUCUAUUCUUUUGACAGACUGAGCAGUAGCUGUGCAUAUCGUGAAUACCCUGAAGGCUCGAACAGAAGUUACUCGAGACUGUCACCUGACAGCUAUUACAAUACGGCAUACAAUCACUUGGAGCCUCAACGAAAAGUGUCUGAUGUAUCGAAUACCACAUCUUUGCUCUACCCUCCCUCCUAUAUCAACGUACCAAAAUCAUGUAAAUGUCUUGUGACAUCAGACUCAGCUGAUAUAUCCUUAUGUCAAAGUCAUGUGAGGUCAGAGUCAAUGGAUAGUACAAAUCCCGACUACAAAUACAAAAAGGAACUGUCAUCGUAUUGUAGUAGCUGUGUUUACUGUGCUCAUUUGAAUAGAACAGCUUCUUAUCGGAAUCUGGACGGUGAUGAGCAGCUUGUCAGCGGUAGUGUUGGAGGUGCGACAGGUAAUCAUAGUGUAGGUGUGGAGAAUGACAGUGAUGUGUCUAUGACAAGGGGUCGUGCUGGUGAACUGAGUUAUUUUGAAGUUGUCGACUUUGCUCAUCAAAUAGCACGUGGAAUGGAGCAUUUGGAGAAAAUGAAGUGUGUACAUCGUGACUUGGCUGCUCGGAAUGUUCUUAUUGCUGAAGGCUUCCUACUCAAGAUAGGAGACUUUGGGCUGUCAAGAGAUCUGAAUCAAGGAGGAAAAGAUUACUAUCGAAAGAUAACUCCAGGAAGAAUACCAGCCAGGUGGAUGGCUCUGGAGUCACUGGAGGAGAGGAAGCACACAUCAAAAAGUGAUGUCUGGUCGUAUGGUGUAGUUAUGUGGGAGAUACUCACCUAUGGUCAGUUUCCUUAUGGCAAGAGCUUGUUUGCUAACUCCAUUGAGGCACUGACAAGGUAUCUAAGCCAGGGGCAUAGACUUCCUCAACCAGUCACCUGUAGCAAUCAAAUGUUUGAUUUACUGAAGAUGUGUUGGGAUAAAGAUGCUGAAAAGAGGCCCACUUUUGGUCAACUUGUCACCUUUUUCGCUAAUUUGCUUGAAACCUCAACAGAGUACCUGAACCUGAGUGUGGUAGAAGCCAGGCACCAGCCUUUAGCCGGGCAUUUGGAGGCCAAUGCACUAGCAGGUCUGGGGCCUGAACUGGCCAUUGAAGAAGAUGCAGAUUCUGAUACAUGUAUAUGCACUUCAGUUGUUGUUGCCACUGAUGAAGCUUGCAACUGUGAAGUUGACAGAGACAUUUUCGAAAAAGGAAGCCUUUUAAACGUUCCAAUGCAAGUGUUCCGUAUGUCACCAACAAAAUCGUCCUGUAACCUUGACAGUGAGGGAUACCUGAAACUGCGAGUGUCAUCUGAACAAUUAUUGGAUAAUGAGGAUGCACCUGACAAAACUACCCCAGAAAACCCAAUGUGUACCGUGAAACUGCGAGUGUCAUCUGAACAAUUAUUGGAUAAUGAGGAUGCACCUGACAAAACUACCCCAGAAGACCCAAUGUGUACCGUGCCCGCAACCAGUUGUCACAUAACACCCGAAGAGAGUAUACCUGUAUUGAUUACUACCAAAGAAACUUGCAAACCGAGAACAUCAAAUCAAGAAACAGAAGUAUAACAAUUAAUAGAUCUAUAUUUAUUUUAUAGUCAUUACAUGCAUGUAUAGUCGUAAAGAAGAGGCUACAUGUGUAGA